AUGCAUUGGAUGGCCGAGUCAGCUCUGCCUGAAGCUAGUCGUUAUCUGUCCUUAUCGUCACACGGCGCCCAGGCAGUUUGAGAAGUCACGGAGGGGCGGUGAAAGUCGAAGAGUACCCACUACUUACGUAUCCAAUUCAUCUUAAUCAAUCGUGAGCCUUCUGCAGGGUGCCUAGGUGACUUGGCAUGGGACGUUCUGACGGUUCGGCGGCACAGUGCACGGGCGUGUUUGAAUGAAGGGGUGUGGUACUCGCGGGUUACGUAGCUUCCUUCCCCAGCUGUUGACCCUCACGAUACCCGAGGAACCUAGACACUGCGCUUCCGUCCUUGCUCCUGACGUCUACACCAUGUUCCCGUAACCUCAUGUCAUGCGGCUUCCCGACCACUCCAAUCACUUGGCUUAUGCAGCACCACCGUUACCCACUCCGCCUGGCGUCCGCAUGCCAUGAACCCCUCCAAUGGCUCCUCGCUGUCCACGUCCAAGAGCAACUCGACACUGCGCCCCCGAACCCGAAGAUUGAUCUCGGUAGAAGAUGACAUCUAUGCGACAAGUGGGAGUGAGAGCGGACCCAGUAGGGCCACGUCGAGGUUAAACUCGCGGACCACAUCUCCCACCCCGAAUGCACGCACGGGCGGCGCUUCCUCGUCCCAUCUAAACAUCACUUCUGCCCCUUCAUCCUCCUUUCAAAGGUCCUCGGGGACCUCGACCCCGAAAUCGCCCUCGCAAACACUUUCUGGCCUUUGGGGAAACUCGCUGGCAGCUAUUCAGGGCAUUGCCGCUACCGUCCUGGCCAGUGACGGUACCUCGGGCGAGUCUGGAAAUACUCGUAGACGUAAACCGGGCCAUGGGCGUCGGACGUCGACGAGCGCCCCGCCGCCGAAACAAUGGGGUCCCGCAGGCACAGGCUCGCAUGUUGGAGCUGGAACACACGAAGAGAGAGAGGCCAUGGUCAGAGCAAUGAAGCGCAAAGAUCUACUGACCGCCGGCGAGCAUCUGGUACCGGACUCUGUCGGCCGCAUAAAGCGCAGGAAUUCGGAUGAACGUAUCAGCGCUUCCGCGCCUCCCAGCGAGAACGACGAUCGAGAUGCACUUGUAUACAUACAUCACGUUCGUCCGCAGGACACGCUGGCGGGACUGAGCAUCAAAUACAACUGCGAGCAAGCUGUGCUACGGAAGGCCAAUCGUAUGUGGCCGAACGAUAGUGUACAGAUCAAGAAGCAAGUGGUGCUGCCAGUAGAUGCGUGUGGCGUAAAAGGGAAACGAGUCCAAGGCCCGGAUGCUCUCCCUGCAGAAGAUCUAUUACUGGGACAGUACGGCGACAAUUCAAAUAGUAGGGCUCCACUUGCAGAUACUCAAGGUCUCCCUAACGGCUGGACGACGCCAAAGAAGAAAGACCAAGAGAACGACUCCGUCCCCUCAUCUGACCCAGAGACACCAUGGACACAUGAUUCAUGGGUUCUUCUGCCUAAUGACAAACAGCCAACACAGAUUGGCCGCAUGCCACGCAGAGCACUUGGCUUCUUCCCACCCGCUCGACGAAAGUCUCUCGCGUACUCCGAUGCAUCGACCCCCCGAGCUUCUGUCGACCUUCCACGCUCGUCCACUUCCACGAACCCGCUCACUAGCUCUCCUUCGCAAUCCGUUCGACCGCGCGCGUCAAGUAACCUGUCAUCCGCCUCAGCCCACAGUCGUCAAAGAAGUACAUCAGGCAAAGCAUGGGGUCUGCAAGGGCCAGGGGGUGUCGGUACCAUGGGCAGGAAUGUGCGAAGCCCUGGGCCUGCGCAGGAUGGUCUGAACAAGAAAUUUGCUCAGUACCUGCCCAAUAUGGCUCCUCCACCCGGACAGGAAUACUUCACACCAUGGGCGCCGGGUUUGCUGGACGCAGGUGCAGGAACAUCAAGUCAGCAUGGCGGAUCCGGUGCUGUCACUCCGCUCAGUGGCAGCGGCUUAGAUUUCCAAGAGCUUGGGGGUGCUAUAGAAGGAUGGGUAAGGAAGGUCGGUACACAAGCACAGAAGCUUUUGAAUGAGCCGGGCACACCUGGACAGGGCAAACGCAGUGCCGUACCUGUCCUAGGAGCUGUCGGCGGUGAUCUGGGCGACCUAAUAGAACUCCAAGAUGAUGCCUUUGAGAUUGGAGAUGACGAAAGGGACAGGGGCAGAUCGAGGGCAGAGGAGACGCUUGCAUCGACGAAUGAGCGCUCAGUAUCGAGACCAGCACAGCAGUAUCAGUCAGCACGACCAGACAUCAAUCUCGUCUUGAGGGAUAGGACGCGGAAAGGGGAAGGCAGCAAGAAGGAUUAGACAGCAUUGUGCGAAUUAGGUGUCAAAGGUGUUGGUAGCGACACGUGCAUAGUAUGUUGGCUUGCUUUGGGUAUCGAAGCGUUUGGCAU